ACUCCCCUAUCAUCUCUGUAUCCGGCUGCAAGACACCUUGUCAAUGCCAGAACAAUCGAAGAAGAUUUGCAGAGAUGACUGUUCGAACAGCAGAAGAUGACGAUAAAAACUCGCUGAAUACAACUCAAGCAGGGGAGACUACUAGUGUAAACGUUGAGUCGAAUACUUUCAAUACCUUCCACAUAAUUAUUGAUGAAAUCCUUUCUAAAAAUUCAUUAUCAUCAGCGGAUUAUGAUGUAAUAGAGCAAAUAGCUCGACACAAUCCUCUCGCAAUCGAAACUAAACUCAACAGAAUCUUCAAAAAAAUUCUGCUCGAAAGAAAAUUUUUACACGAUGAGAGAAACUCGUACGCGAAAUUAAUGAGUACAAUUAUUGAUACUUGCAUACGGUUGAGGAGAAAUCAAAAAAUUAUUCCAUGGGUUUUAAUGGCCUUAAAUGAAAGUUUAAUGAACACGAAAUUAAUUGGAGAAAUUGCGAAAAGGAACAUCUACAUUUUAUCUGACGAUUUUGUUGACAAAUUUUCAGCGUCAAUUGGGAGUUUGACAAAUUCUCAAGUUGGAACUAUACUCACCAGUCUCAUUUAUCAUUUGGACUCGUGUUUAAUGAAUUCGCAGGAAGGCAAGAUAAAACAGACACUGGCGAUGCCCUCUGAAGCACUCGUUAUAUUCUCUAAAGUCAUUAGACAAUUCACCAUAGCUGUAUUAGACGGCGUUGAUGUGUUUAGAGUCACUCGGCCAUUGCUAGGAAAACAAAAGUUUGUUAAUGGAUUGAGAAACUUGGGGAAGACUCUGUCUAAAUUCAUCAAAGUUUUGCAACGAAAAAGUAAAGAUGAUGAGUAUCAAAUAAUUGGUUUAAAUUUAUGGAAAAUUAUAGAGGUUUGGUUAACAAUUGUAGCAUUUAUCAAUCAUUAUGCCCCUGAUGCAAUUACUGAAAACGAUUGGAGUGAUAUUUUACAUGACAUUGCGAGUAUGGAAGAUUUCAAUAAAUUUGAGGGGCAUGGGAACACUGAAAAGGGCCUUGUUUUUCUGAAUCUUAAAAAGAACAUUCAAGGGAUUCAAUAUACAUGGAAGUUAUGUACGGAUCGGGAUGCUGUUGGGCACAGCAAUGAAGGAGUUCCUGCUUUAGAACAAUUCUGGAACGUUCUGGUGGAUAAAUACCCAAACACUAUUCACCGUUUGAGUAAUGACAGCAUUUCUGAACUAGCAAAGCUCCUGAUAGAGAAUUCGAAUUCGAUUAGUGGAAUAUUGGUGAUCGAUUCAAUUCAGAAUAAUGGGAAUUUGGUCACAGCACUUAUUUUGGAGAUUUUGAGAAAAAUUCAUGAAAUUUUAGAGGAAUCAACGUCUACAACUAAGAGAUUACUCGACACAAUUACUAAAGGAAAUUGGUGGGAAAAUGAGGAACGUAAAAAAAAAUUGAAAUCAUUGAAAACGUUAUUGACAACACCUAAGUGGACUGUUCUCAACGAUAAAAAUGUCUUGAGUAACAUGAUCAAAUAUUUGGAAGUAUUAUUACAUUUACCACUGAUGUACUGCACUAAAGAUCUGAAGACGAUCAUCUUCCUGGCCAUUUUAUCGUUAAAAAAAGAAACACUUGAUAAUGCCACCGUAGUCACUCUGUGUGACGAAAUUCUCUUAAUAACGUCAGAGCGUUACAACGAAGACCUUCUGCAGUAUAUUCAAGCAGAAAUUGUCAUUCUAGAAUUAUCAAAAUCCCAACGAAUUUUUUCGAGAGCCAUCGAAUCUUCGUUAACAAACUCCAGAAACUAUGGACCACUCAAACAAGCUCUCAAAUCUCAUAUGAAUAAUAAAGACACACCAAUAAUGAUGGUGGAAUGCAUAGAAAAAAUGAAAGUACAAACUCCUGAGGAUAAGGAACUACUCAAAUUUGAAAAGAAGUUAGUAAAAAAGAUUUUGUUGGAUAUCAAUGAUGUGUCUUUAAAUCCAAAUCAACUGAAGACGUUAACCGUUGUUUUUAAAGCCGCAGUAGCACUGAAAAAAGUCAACGACGAUCUCAUUGAUAAAAUACACACAACUUUAAAGACUUUGACUGAAAAACCAAAUGUUGAGAGCGAUAUAAAUGGUAUACAAUUUGCAAGAGAAAGUUACAAUUUUAUAAAAGUGGUUCUCCAGUACAGAAACAAAGGCGUGUCGAUAGACCGCACGACGAUGAAAAACAUUUGGAGCCUUAUAAUGAUUAAAUCCUUACCAGAUAUCGUUCCAAUAUUAACCGAAGCCAGUGAUGUGAUUACUCUUAAUCACGCUUUGAACUUACUUAGGAAAAAUACCCUGAAAUCAUUGAAAAAAAACGAUGAAAAUUCUUUUGAAAAUUGUUUGAUUAUUUGGAAUGCCAUGGCGGAGGCGGAUAUGGGAACCAAUCGAGAGAAAACUCGUCAGUGUUCUCUUCAGGGGCUGAUGCAAUCAAUAAAAUCAACAGAAGUUUCCAUGAAUAACAACAUGAUGUUAAAUAUCAUGAAAUUGUUUAUUAGUAUCAUGAGUUCAAAACGAAUGACGAUUACAGACAAAACAAUCGACUUGAUUGUAACUAUUGUUAACCGCUUCAUAAACGAUUCACCCGAGGCUUUAGCUCUCUCUCAGCGAACACUGUACCUGUGCUGUUCAUGCCUAAAGUUUCGACCUGAAGUGGCUAUUGAUUAUUUGCCGAUUAUUAUGCGAUUGUACUUGAAGGCCGUUAAAAUGACUAUUGAAGUAGCCAAAAAGAGUUCUGACCAAGAACAGCUGCUGCGUUUGAUUAUUCUGGAGAUACAGAAGUUAGCCAGUGCUUUUGUUAAGAUGAAAAAACACACGGCAAAACUCAGUCCUUAUAUCAUUGCAGAUAUGAUCGGAAUUUAUUACGGGGGAGGAGUCAUACCUACUUACAUUAAGGAACCUCUAGAUGAUUCUAUCAGUCAAUUCUUGAGCAUCUGUGAUCAACAUGCGGUUUCUCUGGUCUUCAGAGUACUGUCACCAUCGAUGCAAGAAAUAUUUAAAAAUUUAUAUGACAAUUACAUUAAAUUUCACAAAUUUAGUGGUAAAGUUUAAUAUCUUUUAUAUAAAAGUGAGGAUAUCUAACAAACUUAUGAAACUUUCUGUUCUUGAUUAAUGACUCUGAAGUUUUCUGAAAAAAAAUUCUCCACCAGAGCAUAUCCUGUGAGGAAACCGGGCAGUUGGGAAAUUUUCAAUGUCGUUGAAUCGUGCGUGAAGGAAUUCAAUUGUGAUGAUUACUAAAUACGUAGAUAAGCAGACUGAAAGGUACUAUUAUUUAUAAACUUAUUUUCCAAGUU